AUGUUAGAAGAAAAAGUGACCACUAUUACAUCUAAACAGAACAAUCAAUCAGAAGUAAACAAUAACAAUAAAAAAUCAGAUUUAAAUGCAGCAUCUUAUAUUGUUGAGUAUGGUCCAAUUCGUGUUCGUCAUCGACGAAGUAAGUCGCAGACAUUGGCUACAGGUCGCAAAUCAAGAGAUGAACCAUUGUAUGGCGAAGAAGCAAUAAAACGUGAAUUAAGACGUGAAAAAAAUCGUAUAGCUGCUCGUCAGUUAAAAAGAACUAGAGAUGAAAUGGAAUCGGACCUUCUUGAAACGAUUAAAGAACUUGAACAUGAACAAAAAUGUUUAGAAGAACAACAUAAAAAAUUAGAAGACCGUAAAGCACAAUUGACUAGAGCUGUAUAUAAUGCUAAACAAACUCCGUUGAUUCCAUUAAUUACUGAUAUGAAUAUUCCUAUACUAUUCGGACCACAAGAACGACGUGAUCUUUUAAUUGAUCUUCAACCAUUACUGAAAAUUCUUGAUGAAAAAUGUUAUAUGUCUGAGAAAUAA